AUGAAUUCUAUAAUCGUCGUUCUUGCUGUGGUGAUUGGAUUGGCACAAGCCAAUCCUGCCCGUGUCCGUCGUGAAGCCGCCGAUAUCUACUGCAUGAAGCACUUUGAGAACUUCCAAAAGUUCUGCGGAGAAGAUGAUUUCUCAGCCACUCGAGACUUGCUUCCAAAGAUCAUCAAAUUCUGCCCCGCCUAUCAAAAGCAUUGCGCAGUUGGAAAAGCUGGAGUCCUUGAGCUUCCCGAUCUUGGAUCCGAUUUGGUUCUUCCGCCAUCUAUUGAUAGAGCCACCAAAUAUGAUCGCCUUUUGGACUCCCCGAUUGAGAAAGAAAAUGAAGUCUUCUCUUCGUUCAAAUACCCUUCUUCGAAACCAAACCAAACUCGUCUCACUGCUGCCAUUGUUGCCACUUGCACUCCAGACUGCAAAGCCCCUCAAUGCACCGAUGAAUGCAAAUGUGCUCACACUCAUCCAAAGGUCCAUUCAAUGUGCAAUCCACCAUCUACAGCAACAAUGGCCCAGACUUGUCAACGUUGGUACGCCAAAUGCACCAUGUUCGCUCCAGUCCAAUAUUAA